GGAACCGCCGCUGCGCAUGCCCCGUCCCGCUUGAUCCGGAAGUGGUUCUUUUGUUUCGUGACACGUCGCACCGGAGGAGGGUGAGGGGCGGCAGCCGGGGGGAGUCUCUCAGCGCUGCGAGGAGGGGUUGCCAGAUAAUUUGCAAUGUCUGGGUUUGACAACUUCAAUACAGAUUUCUACCAAACAAGUUAUAGCAUUGAUGACCAGACACAUUCCUAUGAUUACAGUGGAAGUGGAGAACCAUACAAUAAACAAUAUAGUGGCUAUGACUACUCUCAGCAAAGUGGAUUUGUCCCUCCAGAGAUGAUGCAGCAACAGCAGCCUUACACAGGGCAGAUUUACCAGCCAACACAAACAUACACUCCAACUACAGCACAGUCUUUCUAUGGAAGCAAUUUUGAGGAUGAGCCACCCUUACUAGAAGAAUUAGGGAUCAAUUUCGACCACAUCUGGCAGAAGACACUAACAGUGCUACACCCAUUAAAAGUAGCAGAUGGCAGCAUCAUGAAUGAGACUGAUUUGGCAGGACCAAUGGUCUUCUGUCUUGCCUUUGGAGCCACGUUAUUGCUGGUUGGUAAAAUUCAGUUUGGGUAUGUGUAUGGAAUUAGUGCAAUUGGAUGUUUAGGAAUGUUUUGCCUGCUGAACUUAAUGAGCAUGACGGGCGUCUCAUUUGGCUGUGUUGCUAGUGUCCUGGGAUACUGUCUUCUUCCUAUGAUCCUGCUUUCCAGUUUUGCAGUUAUAUUUUCUUUGCAGGGAAUGAUGGGAAUUAUUCUCACUGCUGGGAUUAUUGGAUGGUGCAGUUUUUCUGCUUCCAAAAUCUUCAUUUCUGCCUUAGCAAUGGAAGGACAACAACUUCUAGUAGCAUAUCCCUGUGCUUUAUUAUAUGGAGUCUUUGCUCUUAUUUCUGUGUUUUGAACUGACUAUUCUGAUUACUGGACUUCAGUGGGCCAAA